AAAAUGAAAACCAGUAUUCUUUCGGGAAUGAAUACAACAGCUGGCACAACAACAUAUAAGCCAUCCUUUUCAAAUUUGUGACAUUCUCAAGGCAGCAUUGAUGAUGUGGGUUGUAUGAUAAUAGAUAAUUUAGAGUUGCACUCAACAGAAAACAGGUUUAUUCAAGUGGAGGAGUUUGAGGUUUCUGAUUUGGGGAAAUGUGGUAGGCCUAUGAAAAAAAUGGGUGGAAGAGCAAAUUAGCCCAAAUCCACAUGAUUGUGAAAAUGAGCAGUUCAACAAGGAAAGACCCAUUAAUGACGGGGAAGAGAAUUUUGGGCUCAAUAUAGCCUUAUGCUCUAAAGAAAUGUUUAUGGCUGAGGGAAGUAUUGUAAACAAAAAGGCUGCAAUAACCAAUAUGGCCCCCAGUGAGAAAGGAAAAACGUUACAUGAAAACCCAACCAAGAAAACAAAAAAUGCUGGGAGAAGUAGGAAAUCGAUGCUGGUGCUUGAUUCUGAUAUUAACAAGAAGGUUCCAGUAAAUAAGAGAAAACUAGCUCAGAAAAAAAGUAAAAAGGAGAAGCUCCAGUCACAAAAUACAGCUGACCUUCUAAAGCUACAAAUGUUAGAGGAAGCUUUCAUUUCAGAUGAAGAUAUCAGAAGUAGAAAUAGAAUCCUACGAAUAGAGGCUGAGAAGACAUUGGAAGUUGGUAAGCUCCUUGGAUUAACUGGAGACAUGGACGAUGAGGAUAUAACUAAAAAGCUUAUGGCUAUGGAGAAGGACGAGGAUGCAAAGGCAGGUGAUUUCAACUCAGUCUUAAGUGAAGAAGAAAGAGUCGGGACUUCAGAUUGCUCCAAAUCCAUUAAUGAUUUCAAUGUCUUUGUCCAAGGUUCAGAGCUUGUUGAUCUGCCACUAAUAGGGAGAAAAUACACUUGGUACAGAAGGAAUAACUUUCCAGCAAUGAGCCGACUCGAUAGAUUCCCUCUAUCCAUGAACUGGUUAUCUACUUUUACAUCAGUUAAUCAAUAGAGCUUAGAUGGUUCUUUUUCCGACCACAUAGCCAUUUAUCCGGGCAUUGAUGUUAUGGCCUGGGGACUGAAGCCCUUCAAACUCUUUAAUCAUUGGCUACAAAAUGGUGAAUUUAACAUGCCGGUGGAUGAAAAUUGGAACAGUUACAAGGUGCAAGGUUUCGCAGGUUUUAGGCUUCACCAAAAACUGAAACGUUUAAAGCAGGACAUUCAAUCUUGGAAAAGCUAUGUAAAAGGUGGCAUGAUGGAAUCCAUAGAAUUCUUCAAUAGUGAGAUUAGCAGUCUGGAGAAAAAACAUGAGGCCGAUCCUUCCAAUGUUAAAGUCAGUACUAUGAUCAAUGCGAAGAGGAAGGAACUAUGGCAUGCACAGGCUAUAGAAGAACAAACGUGGAGACAAAGGCAAGACUGAAAUGGCAUCAGGAAGGGGACAGAAACACAAAGUUCUUCCAUUGUAUUGCAAGUAGUAGAUGGAGGAAUAACUUUAUUAGCCACCUAUCUUUCAACGGCAGACAACUUAAUAGCACUAAGGAAAUUAAAAAUGCAGUAAAAAAGCAUUUCUUAGAGCACUUCAUAAAAGAUAAAGGCCCAUCUCUGGUAUUCUCAAAUGCAUUUUCGAAUGUGCCACCCCUAGUUAAGCCCUUCAAUUAGAAGUUCCCAUUUCAGAAAAGAAAGUGCUGGAUGUAAUUAUGUCUUGUAAUGGUGAAAAAGCUCCAGGUCCAGAUGGCUUUAACAUGAAUUUUAUGAAAAGAAAGUGGAGUCUCUUCAAGUUGGAAAUCAUGGAGUUUUUCCAAGAGUUCUUCAACACGAGAAAGCUCACGAAAGGGAUCAAUAGCUUUUUUAUAGCUCUGGCGGCAAAAAAACACUGUGCAGAAUCUCUAAACGACUUUCGACCAAUAUCAUUAAUAGGGAGCAUCUACAAAAUUCUGGCAAAGACCUUAGCAAAUAGAUUGAAACAAGUAGUGGGUUCUCUCAUUAGCCUGACUCAAUCCGCCUUUGUGGAAGGCCACCAAAUUAUAGAUAGCAUCCUUAU